CAGAGAUGAUUUAUUGACAUAUACCACGUGGUUGCCGGACUUCCGCAACAUUUGACAUCACUUCCUGUUCAGCGCGAAACUUCCCUAGACGUGAGAGCAGGAAACCUUUGCACAUUUCAGAAGUCAAAAUGUCCAAGAUAGACAAAAUGAGCAUCCUUGGGGUGCGGAGUUUUGGAGUGGAGGAUAAAGACAAACAAAUCAUCAGCUUCUUCUCGCCUUUGACGGUGCUGGUUGGACCCAACGGAGCAGGAAAAACGACUAUUAUCGAAUGCCUCAAGUAUGCCACAGCUGGAGAACUACCUCCCGGCUCCAAAGGAGGAGCUUUCGUCCAUGAUCCCAGGGACGCCCACGAGACGGAUGUGAGAGCUCAGAUUCGACUUCUGUUCACCGACGUUAAUGGAGAGAAGGUCACCAUCCACCGCUCCAUGUCCUGCACUCAGAAGUUGAAGAAUUACACGUUCAAGAGCUUGGAGCAAGUCAUCACCAGGUGGAAUGGGAAAGAGAAGGUGAGCUUGUCAUCAAAGUGUGGCGAGCUGGACCGAGAGAUGAUUUCAGCCCUCGGUGUCUCCAAGCCGGUUCUGAAUCACGUCAUUUUCUGUCACCAAGAAGAGUCCAACUGGCCUCUGAGUGAGGGCAAGGCACUCAAAGACAAGUUUGACUCCAUUUUUGCCGCCACAAAGUAUAUUAAAGCUUUGGAGACAAUGCGCCAGCUCCGCUUGAAACAGUCGCAGGUGGUCAAAGAGUGCCAGUUGGAGCUGCGCUACCUGAAGAGCAACAAAGAGAAAGCCCAACAAAUUAAGGAGAUAGUUGCUUCAAAAGAGGCUCAGCUGAUGGCCUCCAAAGAUGGAAUCCAGAAAAUCGAGAGCCAAAUCGAUCCGCUUGAGAAUCGGUUGAAUGACAUCGACCUAAAGCUGGGGAAGGUGAUGAAGCUGGACAAUGACGUCAGAGCUCUGGACAGCAGGAAGAGACAGAUGGAGGAGGACAACAAAGAGCUGGAGGAGACGAUGGAGCAGGUGUUUCAGGGAUCUACAGAGCAGCUGCAGGAAGUUUACCAAAACCACCAGAGGACUGUGAGGGAGAAGGAACGCCGACUUCAGGACUGCCAGAAAGAUCUAGAGAGAGCAGGCCGGGAGUGUCAGAGGCUGAACAGAGUCAAAGCUGAUCUGCUCGUGGAACAAGGUCGCCUGCAGCUGGAGGCCGACCGCCACACACAGAAUGUCAAGAACCGAGACGCACAGGUCCGAUCUCUGGCUUCUUACCUGGAGAUGGAGGGAUACGAUCGAACGCCCUUCACAGCGCUUCAACUCAGGAGCUUUAAUCAACACAUCUCUCAGAGACUGGAGCAGGAAAAAGCAGUUGUCAACAAAAUUUUGGUGGACCUGCAGGAGAAGGAGCAGCUGAAGCAGCAGUCCAUUGAUGAAAUCCGGGACAAGAAAACCGGUCUGGAGCGAACGGUGGAGUUGAAGAGAGACCUGCAGGAAAAGAAGCAGCAGGAACUCCGGAAUAUGAGGGCGGAACUGCUGCGACUGGAGGGUUCGUCCGGACGCAUGCAAGAACUGGAGAGCGAGUUGGCAAAAGCUGAGCAUGAGCUGCAGAGUGCAGUGGAGAACUCUAAUGUGGAAGAGCUGAGGGCAGAGGUGACGGAGCUGCAGCGGCUGAAGGCUGAACUUGAUCGGGCUCAGAGACAACUUGACCAGGAAAUGGCGACGCUGAACACACACACGACUGCACGCACACAGAUGGACAUGUUGAAGAAAGACAAGAUGGAAAAGGAGGAGCAGGUUCGAAAGAUCAAAUCCCGCCACAACGAGGACCUGGUUACACUAAUGGGCCACUUCCCAAGCAAAAGGGAGCUGGAGGAUUGGCUGUACUCCCGCUCCCAGGAAAUAAACACCACCAGGGACCGGCUUGCUAAAUUCAACAAGGAUCUGGCGUCCAGCGAGCAGAACAAAAGCCACAUUGCAGCUGAGCUUCGUAAAAAGGAGCAGCAACUAGCGAGUGAAGAAGAGAAGUUUUUUAAUGUGUGUGGGAGUCAGGAUCUGGAGCAAGACCUGGGGAAGCUGCAGGAGGACUUGGAAAAGGUCUCCAAACAGAGAGCCAUGCUCGCUGGAGCCACUGCUGUUUACACUCAGUUCAUCAGCCAGCUCACAGAGGAGAGGGAGCCGUGCUGCCCGGUGUGCCAGCGUACAUUCCCGUCAGAAUCGGACCUGCAGGAAGUCAUCAGCGACAUGCAGUCCAAACUUCGACUGGUCCCAGACAAGCUGAAGAACACAGAGAUGGAUCUGAAGAGGAAGGAGAGAAAGAGGGAUGAAAUGGUGACGCUGCGCCCAGUCAGGAAUUCCAUAAUCCAGCUUCAGGAGAAGGAGCUGCCAGACUUGAGACAUCGUCUACAGACAGUCAACAGAGAGAUUGAGAAACUGAAGGCUGAUGUGGAAGAGCAGGAGAUGUCACUGAGCAUGUUGGUGUCUGAUGAGAGCACUGCCAAGGCCUGUCUCCAGGACAUCUCCCUUAUGGACCGUUACCUGAUGGACCUUAAAGAGGUGGAGCGGAAAAUAGCUCAACAUGCUGCCAAACUGCACGGAGUGGACCUCAGCAGAACCAUUCAGCAGGUCAGCCAGGAGAAGCAGGAGACUCAGCACAAGUUGGACACAACUUCCAGCAAGAUGGAGCUGAAGCGUAAACUGAUUCAGGACCAGCAGGAUCAGAUCCAGACUCUGAAGUGUUCUGUCAAUGAGACCAGAGCAGAAAAACUUCAGCUGACCAGUGACAUGAGGAAGCAGCAGCAGUUGGAGGAGCAGUGUGUGGACUUCACCGCUGAGAUACAGGCUUUGACCAGAGAUAUACGGGAGGCGAAAGAACAGCUGUCUCCUUUGUCCUCAACUCUGGACAAGCUUCAGCAGGAGAGGCAGGAGCUGGUUGAGCGCCGGAGGCAGAAGCAAGAGGAAGGACAGGAGAAGAUCAACUCCAUUAAAGAGAAGCUGAAGGCCAUCGCCAUCCUGGACAGAGACAUCAACAAGUACGUGGAGGAGGGCAAAGAUGAAUACAAAGAGCAAAAGGAGAAUGAGCUGCAAGAAACUAACGGGCAGCUGCAUGAAGCUGAGAAGCAAAAAGAGAAGACUAACAAGGACAUGGGAAACAUACGUCAGGAUAUUGACACUCAAAAGGUGCAGGAGCGCUGGCUGCAGGACAACUUGACCUUGAGGAAGCGGGUGGAGGAGCUGAAGGACGUGGUAGUCAAGCGGGAGGCUCUCCUGAAAGAAAUGGGCGACAUGCAGGUUUUACAGCUUCGCCAGGAACGGCGUGAAGCAGAACGAAGGCUGGAAGACUUGAAGAAGAACCGGAGCAUUGCACUCGGCCGCCAAAAGGGAUUUGAGGAAGAGAUUCUUCAUCACAGGAAAGAGCUCAGAGAGGAUCAAUAUGAGAAAGCCGAUGAGCGUUACAAGAACAAGAUGAUCACCAUGAGGACGACCGAGCUGGUUAUUAAAGACCUGGACCUCUACUACAAGGCUCUGGAUCAAACCAUCAUGAAGUUCCACAGCAUGAAAAUGGACGAGAUCAACAAGAUCAUUCGAGACCUGUGGCGCAACACCUACCGGGGGCAAGACAUCGAGUACGUCGAGAUCCGGUCGGACGUGGACGAGAACUCCUCCGCAGCCGUGAAGCGCCGGGUUUAUAACUACCGAGUCGUGAUGGUGAAAGGAGAUACGGCGCUGGACAUGAGAGGGCGCUGCAGUGCCGGGCAGAAGGUGUUGGCGUCGCUCAUCAUCCGACUGGCUCUGGCCGAGACCUUCUGUCUCAACUGUGGGAUCUUGACUCUGGACGAGCCGACCACCAACCUGGACCGAGAGAACAUCGAGUCGCUGGCGCACGCACUUGUCGAAAUCAUCAAGAGCCGCUCGCGUCAGCGCAACUUCCAGCUUCUGAUCAUCACUCACGACGAGGACUUCGUGGAGCUGCUGGGUCGCUCCAGCUACAUCGAGCACUUUUACCGCAUCCGAAAGAACCAGGACCAGAACUCGGAGAUCACCAAGUGCAGCAUCAGCUCGCUGUCCUCCUACCUGCACUGACCUGGCUUCCGUCUUCCUCUGUUGGAAACUUGGUCAAUAAAGCAUCAGUUCGACACUCGUGCACCUGGCUGUCUUUUGUUCGAGCAGUGAUUCAGAGAAUCCUUCUGUAAUCUGAUAAUCUUAUCUUCAAUGCGUCAAACAGCAGCGGGGUUUUUGCCGAUGUGGCGACCGCGUGGGUUCGUCGCGUAUAAAUUGGUGCGCGCUCGGGCUAGAAGUGAAAACGAACCACAUGCCAGACGACUCACUUGAAACUUUUCGCUGACUGAGUUCAAGCAUGAAGACGAUGCUCUUGCUGUUGUCCACCAUGGUUCUCAUGGCCUCUCCCGCCACCAUCAAGCCCACAAUGAAACAUCACUGCAACCUCCAGGAGAUUUCCAGCCUCCUUCCCAGUGUAGCGCCGCCGAAGUUGCCGUACACAGAAAACAUGUUGCCUCUCGGUACUGGACAGAACAAGUGUCAGGAUCUGUUCUUCUGCAAAAGCGAGCAGAUUCUGACGCAGGUGAAUCAGACGAAACUGGAUGAAACCACCAGAAACUUAACGGUUAGAGUCGCCAGAAACUUGGCUGUAUUCAACAAGUCCCAGUUCAAAUGCAACGAGGUGCUGCCCAAGUUCUCAUCCACCGGCGAAAAAAUGGAGUUCUCCAAGUUCAUGAACGUCCUGCUCGACUGCUGCGACUAUCGCCUCAUCAAAGGCGACUUCAAAUCCACAUAACUGUCAUUUCUCAUCUCUCAGUC